AUGGGAAGAUCCCAAGUUUUUCCCUCCAACCACUGCCUGCUGCUGCUGCUGCUGCUGGCGGGGCUGAGCUGUGCCCAGUACGAGCCCUGGCCGUACCUGCCUGGCUACCCCGAGCCAGCGCCGCCGGCGUUCCAGCCGCCCCAGAGAGCCCCAAACGUGCCCAAGAUCCAGCUGAGGCUGGCAGGGCAGAAGAGGAAGCACAACGAGGGCAGGCUGGAGGUGUUCUACAGCGGGGAGUGGGGCACCGUGUGCGACGACGACUUCUCCAUCCACGCCGCCCACGUGGUGUGCCGGGAGCUGGGCUACACGGAGGCCGUGUCCUGGCUGCCCAGCUCCAAGUACGGGAAAGGAGAAGGGAAGAUCUGGCUGGACAACGUGCACUGCACGGGCAAGGAGAGCAGCCUGGCUGCCUGCGGCUCCAACGGCUGGGGCGUGAGCGACUGCAAACACACCGAGGAUGUGGGCGUGGUGUGCAGCGAGAAGAGGAUCCCAGGCUUCAAGUUUGACAACUCCCUCAUUAACCAAAUUGAGAACAUGAACAUCCAGGUGGAGGACAUCCGGAUCCGCGCCAUCCUGGCCACCUACCGCAAGCGGGUCCCUGUCACCGAGGGCUACGUGGAGGUGAAGGACGAGGGCACCUGGAAGCAGAUCUGUGACAGGCACUGGACCAUGAAGAAUUCCCGGGUGGUCUGCGGGAUGUUCGGCUUCCCCAGCGAGAGGAAAUACAACACCAACGUCUACAAGAUGUUUGCCAGCAGAAGGAAGCAGCACUACUGGCCUUACUCCAUGGACUGCAGCGGGAACGAGGCCCACAUUUCCAGCUGCAAACUGGGGAACCACCUGACGGGCGCUGGGAAGAACAGCAGCUGUGACAAUGGGAUGCCCGCGGUCGUCAGCUGCGUGCCCGGCCGCGCCUUCGCCCCCAGCAGCCACAGCGGCUUCCGAAAGGCCUUCAGGCAGGAGCAGCCCCUGGUGAGGCUGAAGGGAGGAGCCAACACGGGCGAAGGCCGCGUGGAGGUGCUGAAGAACGGGGAGUGGGGCACGGUGUGCGACGACAACUGGAACCUGGUGUCAGCCAGCGUGGUGUGCCGAGAGCUGGGCUUUGGCAGCGCCAAGGAGGCCAUCACGGGAGCCAGGCUGGGCCAAGGAAUGGGUCCCAUCCACCUGAACGAGAUCGACUGCACGGGCUUUGAGAAGUCGGUCACGGACUGCAAGUUCAACACCGAGUCCCAGGGCUGCAACCAUGAGGAAGAUGCUGCUGUGAGGUGCAAUGUGCCAGCCAUGGGCUUCCAGAACCAGCUUCGCCUGAGCGGGGGCCGCAACCCCUACGAGGGCCGUGUGGAGGUGCUGGCCGAGCGCAACGGGACCCUGAGGUGGGGCACGGUCUGCAGCCACAACUGGGGCACCGUGGAGGCCAUGGUGGUGUGCAGGCAGCUGGGGCUGGGCUUUGCCAGCCACGCCUUCCAGGAAACGUGGUACUGGCACGGGGACGUCAGCGCCGACGACGUGGUGAUGAGCGGGGUGAAGUGCUCGGGGACAGAGAUGUCCCUGUCCCACUGCCGGCACGACGGCGCCCACGUGUCCUGCCCCAGGGGAGGGGGACGCUUCGGGGCCGGCGUGUCCUGCUCCGAGACCGCCCCUGACCUGGUGCUGAACGCGGAGCUGGUGGAGCAGACGGCCUACCUGGAGGACAGGCCCAUGUUCCUGCUGCAGUGUGCCCUGGAGGAGAACUGCCUGGCCAGCUCGGCCCACAACACCUCGCUGACCUCGGGCUACCGGCGCCUGCUGCGCUUCAGCUCCCAGAUCCACAACAACGGCCAGUCCGACUUCAGGCCCAAGAACGGCCGCCACGCCUGGGUGUGGCACGACUGCCACCGGCACUACCACAGCAUGGAGGUGUUCACCCACUACGACCUCCUGAACCUCAAUGGCACCAAGGUGGCCGAGGGACACAAGGCCAGCUUCUGCCUGGAGGACACUGAGUGCGAGGCAGACGUGCAGAAGCAGUACGAGUGUGCCAAUUUUGGGGAGCAGGGGAUCACCGUGGGCUGCUGGGACGUUUAUCGGCACGACAUCGACUGCCAGUGGAUCGACAUCACCGACGUCCCCCCCGGGGAUUACCUCUUCCAGGUGGUGAUCAACCCCAACUAUGAGGUGGCAGAGUCGGAUUAUUCCAACAACGUCAUGAAAUGCCGGAGCCGCUACGACGGGCAGCGCAUCUGGAUGUACAACUGCCACAUAGGUGGUUCCUUCAGCGAGGAGACGGAGCAGAAGUUCGAGCACUUCAGGGGACUCACAAAUAACGUCGUCUCUGCCCGGUAG